CAAAGAUUUCAUUACGCACUACACUCGUUUCAUAAAGUAGUGACUAUUUACGUGUUAGAUGCACAAGAACGUUGAACAUGACAUUGUUGCGCGGUGAAUAAUUACACAGGAUUUGUCGAGUGAAGAAUUUGAACUGGUUCUGUAAAUGGUUUGACGACAGAUUAUGAAAUAAAAUGACGACAACGGAGCAAAUGGACAUAUCGUUCUCGUUGAAGAGGGAACGGGACGAAUUCGACAUCAUAGACACCGACGAUGACAACACUAGUCUUGAAGAUAUUAACAAUCUUCUGUCAAUAUCGCUACCUUCCCUUUCGAUGAACAACUCUCAAUUUCCUACUGAUCCAAAUGACGAAUUUCUUCGAUUGACUACCAAGGUUCGUGCUGUGUACUACUCAUAUCUUCAUAAAUGUUUGCUCACCAAUUACAUUCUGUAUUACAAAGACAAGGAUCAAGAUAUUCCAUGCGAACAGUUAAAAAGAUGUGCGAAUCAAAUGGAAUUACUGGCUGUUCGGUCAUCUUUAGAAGCCACUUUGUAUAGACAUAAUAUGUUGAAGUUGAUUUCAGAUGUGAAAUCUUAUACAUCGGAUAAGAAAGCCUAUAAGAAAUUAGUGAUAUUUUUAGAGACUCCACCAACCAAGGUAGAUGUCGCAGUACAAACUAUUAAUUCAUGGGCAGAGCUAGAGAAAGCCGAUAACAUUCAAAGUAUUUGUAUUACGUCCAAUUGCGAGGAAUUAUUUUCCAAGGAAGAGGAACUGCUUCUCAAGGAAGAAGAGAAUGUAACUGACAUAACUGAACCUAAAGCUGAAGAUUCUGAAUCUUCUAGUUACAACAAUACAGCAUCACCCACUGUAAAUUCUACCUGCUGUAAUGAUACAGAACAGAGUAUAUUUAAGGCUGAAUCUGACGAAGAAAUCAACAAUAAAAUGGCAACCGAUGAAGAAACAGUGAAAGAAGAAUGUAAUAUUUUUAAUUGUACAGAGGAUAAUUCUAAUACUCAAAUCAUAAACAAUCCAUCCAAUAUACCGAACGAUGAUGAAAAUUCACAAGAUUCGAUAUUACAACAUAUGGAGGAUAUGUUCUGUGAUAGCGACGAUAGCAGCGAUCUUAUGACAUUAAUAGAGAAACAUUCAGGCGUCAGUAAAGCUAAUGUGGACAAAGAGAUUAAUAAAAUAUGUUUAGAAACAGACGCUGCUUUUCCACCUAAUUCGACCAGCUCUACUUGUAUACCUGAAAGCAAUGGCAAUAGAAAAUGUAAUAUUAAAAGCAAUACUACAAAGCCGUCAAACACAAAUACAGGAAAAUAUAGUUUUAGUUAUUACAAAGAGAUGAAAAACAGAGAAGCUAAUAAGUUGUUGGCAGGAGAACAUGAGACUCCUGAAAGUAAACAGAAACGCAGAGCAAAUAGUAUUUGGUUUGUUGAACGUGUGUAUCAAGUAUCAAAAUUGAAAGCGAAAAUGACAGAAUUGUCUUUGAAGAAUUAUAGAAGACAUGGAAAGGUAAAACAAAAAUUUAUCGAUUUGUUUGGAGAAUCCGACGACGAAGAAAUGAUGCCGGAUUCACCGAUCUGCAUCGAGGAACAUUUGACCGCAUGUAAAGAGAGGAUAGCACCAUGGAUAGUAAAACAUCUGAUGCCGUUCUACAAAAAAAGAAGGAUUAAAGACAGACAACUCUUUAAAGUAGUUGCAAAACACAUAGCUGAUAUGCUUAUUAUUGAUAACACUUUUCCUGAGCAAGACUGCGUGAGCAAAUAUAUAGACACGUACUUUAAAAAUAAAAAAUUCAUUAAAACUAAACAGGAUGUAUACUUAUAAGUAUAAAUUACAUAGUCUUAAAUUCAUUGAUGAGGGAAAACUAUCUUAAUACAAUUGAUAGACUACUAGCACCGUAAUUAUUUCAUUUUUAAAAAUUUCAAAAUUAAAUUUCGUUGAGAAGAUUACACAUAUCGGUUUAAUGGCAAAAACGCAAUAAAGAUGUUUGUUGUACGUUGAUUGUCCAACGAUAUGCAUAUAACAGGAAUGCAGUGUAAAUAGGAAAGCAUAGUAACUGUCUUUUUGUACGAUUUUUUUUUUCUUUAUGAAUCAUAUAAAAUUUUUAGUUGAAAUUUUCUUACAACUGCAAUCUUUGUUUCUAAUAAGUUUCUUAUAUACAUAU